AUGUGCCACAUAUAUGUCAUCUGGCCACAGCCAGAAGUCCAAAACCCACUUCCCUCUUUCUCUCAAACCUCCCUCCUCUGCCUCUUCUCAACUCUACCCGAACAACUCAAUAAGCUAAACAAAUCUUGGGCCGCCGCUGCCUCUCUUUGUUCAUCUCUCUGCAAAAGCUCUUCUUCGAUCCAGAUUUGGUUGUGUUGUUGCUUUGCGACCUGGGCUGCAAUUUCUCACUUUUUCCUAUUGGUAGGGUGCUGCAAUUUGAUGGGUUUAGUUGGGUUUGGUGAUUUUCAAGGUUUUGGAAAUCCGAUUGAAGGUCAUUUUCUUUUGACCAAUCUUCUGUUAAAGACCAUAAAAAGCACCUUAAGAGAAAGCAAUAUUGAGAGGAGAUUCACUCACUAUCAUCACUCGGUCAUCAAUACAGCUGUAGCUACUGUGAAGGAAUUCACUUUGAUGAAUUAAAGUAAAACUUUGUUAGCAUUGUUUUGAUAGAUCUUCCAGGCUACUCUUUACUUGCUUUAAUUUGUAUCAAACCUUUGUGUUUGUGGGUUUUGGUCAAGGACCUGAGCUCUACUAAUAGUUGAUUAUUAAUUUCUGAUCAACCAAUAAGUUUUCGAAUUCGAUAAAAUUUGAUGGAAAUCCCUCUGCACACACUAAGCGCGGUUAUGAAGGCUAGUUAUUAAACAAGUUACUGUUAUACCACAUUAGAAGCGGAAGACUGUCGUGGACGUUGGUUGACAAUCACUUGGAUUUUUAGUUUUUCAAUUUGAUUUGUACUCUUCACAAUUGUAUGUUGCUGAUUUCGUAGGUUCAUGGUCUCUUGAGAUUCUGUCAUCUUUAUAGUUAUGUUUCUGCUAAAUUUCAAAUGGACUUAUAAGCUAUGUCUGCUAAAUUUCAAAUGGACUCAAUAGUCAAUUUCUUACACGAGAAUGUCGUAUGCAUGUCAAAAUGGUCAGUCCAGUUGGGGUUACCCUAAACGUAUCAACAUUCUUUAUGUGUACCAUGUGCCAUGUAGUCAGGGAAUAUGCAGUUCGCUGUUCAGAUUUGCCCAAAUUAUGAUAAAGACAAGGUACCAAAUAGGUAAGUGCACCAAAUCUGAGACAUGGAGUCAUUCCCUGAACUAAAUUGAGAGUACCCUGCUUGACAAUUCUGGUUCAUAAAUAAAUGAGAUCUGUAUGCAAAAGAAUGCAACAGUCUCAACAUCAUGCUACAGGUAAAUAAAUGAGACAUGUAUGCAUUGAAGGUACUAUGGCAUAAAUCAUUACUCGAUACACAUUUUUAAUGUUCUAUAUGUUGUUAAAUUCAUAUAUCUAUACACAAAAGCCAGUUGGCACCUUUCAUAUACUUUAUAUUGCAUCUUAAAAUGUAUAAUAGAAUAGAUUACGAACGCAUCAAUAUAUAAACAACAAGAAUUUCAUCCCACAGCUGCAACUCUUCUAUGAUAGGGUACCUGCACACAUUGUGUUAGGUUGGUUAGUUCUUAUUCUGAGAACCAAACCUUAGUUGAACUGACACCAAUCAUAACAAAAAUAGUCAUCUACAUAUAAUGUGAACAAUGAAGUUCAAAUUGACAUCAUAGCAAUUAACCGUCAUGCUUCCAAUUAACCGUCAUGCCUUCAAAUUUAAGUCAUAUUGAUUGGGUCUAAAACUAAGAGGUGAGGGAGGGAGGAUAGAUAAGACACCUGAACUAGUGCUUAAUCAAGUAAUUGGGACAGCUACACGACUCCUUAUUCACCCAAAGGGUUGCUGGUUACUGAGAAGUCACUAUCCAUAUGGGUUCUCAUUACUACUAAACCACUCUUCCACUCAAGAUGUAUGGUCAUUGGGUGACAUAGAACUUGGCCUCAGCAUAUUGGUUUUCUAUCCCAAAAGAGAAUUAAAAGUGCAAUGUAGUCAUGAACGCCCUGUAGUCGUACAUACAUCUUAAUAUCAUACUUCAGUUCAUAUUUCCUAUCAAAUUUCCUCCUUACACUACCAAUCCUUCUAACCACUGCUACAAGAUUCUGAACCUCAAACAUACUCAACCUCAAGCUUUACUCAUAUUCCUCAGUUACAGUAAAAUACAUACCCACCCUCACGCUUUCUCAUAUAGAUGACUAAUGAGAAUAGUGAUGCUGAUAAAUAAGAAAAAUACUAAGAUUGUAAGGACUGAAUCAUGAGUAAAACUUGUUCUGUAAAGUCUUCCAAUGCAAGAAAGUGCAUUUAAGCAAUUUAGGGUUUUAUGUCCUAUGAAAAAAGAAACUCUCAUCAUUUUGAUAUUGACACUGAAAAGAGCUAUGAUUGCUUAAGCUAACAUCCACUGAUCCACACAAUGAAAGCUUGAAACCCGGCAAACAUAUAGUGCUAAGUUCAGUUAUGCCUUUGGUUUGAUUACAGAUAAAAAGGAACUAGGGUACUGAAGUUUUUUUCACACCUGAUAAUCCAAUUGAAUAGAGUUAUGAUACUGAAACGUUCUCACCAAUUUAAGUGCUUUCAUAUCCAAUAACUGGCAUCGCAAAACCUGCAAUAGGAAUCAUAAUACGCACAAGCUACCUACUAUUCUAAAACCACAACUGAAUAUCAUAACCAUGAAUGUUGUCUUGUUACUACCCCAUGAAGCAUUUGAUAAUCUUAUUUGUCAAGCAGGUAAGAGAAUACUCGAGGACAACGGCUUGUACAAAAGUUUCAUUCACAAAUAUAUGCAUCU